UGAAAACCCUGAUUUCCCCAUACAAAUUUAAAUUUCUUACCACCACUCGAACAGCACCACCUCUGAGCAGUUUCGCCCCGUUCAAACCAUGAACGACCCGGCCAAGCCCCCGGCCUGUUGCGCGCUGUGCGGCCUCACCCGGACGCAGGCCGUUCAGCGGGGCCUCUGCAUGCACCAGUUCCCCACGAGUCCGUCGCUGCGCCGGGACUGGGAAGCGUUCUGCGGUGGCCGGCCGGGCAAGCUCCUCUGCAGCGGGCACUUUACCAGCGAUUGCUACUACGGUGACUUUCCGUCGGGUAAAACGCGCAAGCGGAGGCCGCUGGCGCGGGGAAGUGUGCCCACGAUCCGGAACCCCUGGGGGCAGCCCGAGCUGGAGGAAGUUGAGGCUGUUGCUCCGGUGGUUGGUAAGCGGGUUAGACCCAGCUGCUUUCUGUGCCGCCAGCGGACGAAGCAUCACGUUCCGCUUGUUGGUGGCGUUCAGCCGAGUCCGUCGGAACCGAUGUCCAGCGAGGAGUGGGAGUCGUAUCGAGGGACGGUGAUUGCCAAGUACUUUUCGUUUGAGGUUGCUUCGAUGAUUGGGGAGGUCGUCUGCUUGCAGUGCUGGCUGAAGGUCGAGGAGUUUCAUCGGUUUCACGGUGAGAUUGAGGCGGCUCACACGGAAACGGUUCCCUUUGCACACGUCCAAGUGAAGCAGGAGGUGGCUGGAGGGUUGGACGAUGGAGUGGUCAAGCAAGAACAACUGGAGAGCGUGAUCGAGGUGAAGGCUGAGCAAAUUGUCGACUAUGAAGCAGGAGAUUGUUUUAAGAGAGAACCUGAACCGGAAACCUCUUUUGCUGAUAACUUCGACGACAGUUCGGACCACGAAUCGGAGGAAAACGUGGUAGAAGAGUCCAACCAGGAGCCACCGCCCAAAAAGAAGAAACGAACAAUCAACGCUUUGCACAAAUCCGACCAGUUGAUAGCCCAGAACUGCGUCAUCAUCUGCGACCAGUGCUCGCAAACUUUCGACAAGUUCUACCAACUUCAAAUCCACUGCCGCGAGGUUCACCAAACCAAGGGACGCAUCACGUGCUGCAACAAGGACUUCAUCGAGCGCGCUCGGCUGCUGGAACACCUGCGCAGCCACGACGAUCCCGACCUGCUGCGGUGCGUGGUCUGCCAAGCUCUGCUAUCGUGCGCCGGAAAUCUCCGCCGCCAUCAGGUGCAAAAUCACACCGUAUUCACCGGAACGCCGGUGAACGCGAUGACCUGCGAAAAGUGCGCCAAGACCUUCACCGACAAGUCGGCGUACAGCACCCACGUGAAGGGCCACCUGGCGCUGGAGACGAAGCAGUUUCAGUGUGUGGAGUGCGACAGGAUCUUCAGCAACAGCUCGCUGCUCAAAAAACACGUCAUCAAACGCCACACCCUAAAGUUCGACUACGUCUGCGAAGUCUGCGCCAAAGGGUUCAUCUCGCGGCAGGAGCUCGAAGCGCACACCACUUCCGCGCACGAUCCGGACGCCGCGCAGGCGAGCCGCGUCCAAUGUCCGGACUGCCACCGGUCGUUCUCCAAGUGGAGCCUGCGCAAGCACCGGCUGAUGAUGCACGAGACGAGCGAACCGGUCAGCUGCGAGAUAUGUGGCAAGCAGGCCCCGAACCGGGUCGCGCUCGGAAGUCACAAGCGGUUCGUGCAUCGGGCGGGGAAGUUCGGCUGUACCGUUUGCGAGAAGACGUUCGCGAAGGCCAUCAGCUUGCGCGAGCACAUGAGCACGCACAACGGAGGUGAUGGCGAAGGGUUGUACACGUGUCCGCACUGCCCGCGGACGUUCAACUCGAACGCAAACAUGCACUCCCACCGGAAGAAGGUGCACUUUGAGGAGUGGUUGCAAGGGAGGAUGCAGCGACGGAACUAGGUCUUGCGGUUUUUUGUUUGUUUGUUGCUGUACCCUUUUGUAUAUCUUCAAAUCAUAUAAAAAAGAAGGGAAAAUCUCUAAAAAUUGCAUAGAACUCG